ACAUAGUCGUACGUCGUGCUUUCUUAGCAAUCAGUUUACACUAGGCUGUCGACGCGUUUGUAUCUACGUCACAGUGUCACCUUUUAUUACAUAAAGUCGUAUCUGAAGAUGCACUCGAGAUAAAACCGUGUGAAGUGUUGUGAAUCGAAAAAGUGUAACAUGAUCACGUGGGCGGUGUUGGCGGCGCUGCUCGCCGUCGCCGGGGCCAGGACCAAGGCGCCCCUGAUUGACGAGAGCACCAGGACGAGGAACAAGGCGGCAGAGUGCGUUUUCGGGAAGCAGGUCCGCGAGCUGCACUCCCAGUGGAUCCCCGACCUCGGCGUGCCCAUCGGCGUCCUCUACUGCAUGAAGUGCGAAUGUGUGCCGUUGCAGAAGAAGAGGCGAAUCGUGGCCAGAGUACAGUGCCGGAGCAUCAAGAAUGAGUGCCCGGAACCCACAUGCGAAGAGCCGGUACAUCUUCCGGGGAGAUGCUGCAAGACCUGUCCCGGAGACACCUAUGAUGCCGACGUCAUCCAAGACAUAAUUCCGCAGAAGGUCCUCGACGACGAGGAGAAAAGCAGCACCAAACAUUACGCUGCUCUUCUCACUGAACGCUCCUCCCUGGUCCUGCGGAACGACUUCGGCAAACUCACCUCCAACAACCUCAACAAGAACAACGUAGUCGCUACCGGAAGAUUCACCUUCCACAAGAAGAACCUCUACUACUCGUUCUACAUCUCCGACAAGGCGGCCCGCCCCCGGUCCCUCCAGUUCGUCGACAGCGAAGGCAACAUCCUCGAGGAGUUCAUCCUAUCCCGUGCCGGCGGCCUGGUCAACAGCUUGUACCAGAACGCAACCCGGAAGGUGUGCGGAGUGUGGCGCCGGAUCCCCCACGAGUACCGCAAGCGCUUCCGCCAGGAAAAAAUGUACGUGGUACUCGUCUGGGGCGUCAAGGAUCAAGCGGAGUUCACCUUGAGCGGCCAAGUCAUGAAGUACGCCGCUCUAGGGACGGAGAACUUCAGCUCGCUGUUGGAGCCCGCGGGGACUAAUGGAUUGAUGGCGGGGGCGGGUGGUACCGCGAUUGUGUCGAUUUCGACGUCGGUGUCGACGUCGAUUUAUUUGGCCAUCGUGUUCAACGGGCUUUUCGCUAUUGAUGACAUCGCUGAUGUUCCAAUCAACGUGACUUUGUCUGUAGACGACAAGAGGUUCAUCCUUCAAGAUGUCGCUAUUGUUAAGAAGCCGCACUACGAACUUAACGUGAUUGAGAUUCGUUCUCCGGUAACUUCCGCCGACUUGCGGCUGCUAACCCGAGGGAGACUUGUCCUUACCAUUUCGUCCGUGUCUAAACCAGAAGCGUUACGCCUCAGCGGUAGCGUCCUUACUAAGGUGACGUGCGAAAUCUUCCAAACAACGCUGGCUCCUAGUGCUUCUGAAGCCAAUGGUUAUGGAACGUCAGGGUUGGCUUGGUUGUACCUCAACAAUGAGGGUUCUCUGGUCUACAAUGUCCAGAUUGACAAUUUACGGACAACCCCGGACAAUACCACUUUUAUUACUCUGGUGGACGUUUCCACCAAGCGACGCACCGAACUCGAGGACUUAACCCCAACCUUUGACUUUAUUAAUGGUUGGGCUAACGGAACUUUGGUUAAGCUUAGUCCUAAGGUUCUUGAGCCUCUGUACGCCGGGAAUUUGACCGUCAACGUGGCCACCCCUAACGACACGAGUUUGAUCCGCGGCCGGCUCGUCCCUAAACCCGUGGCUGACGCCCGUGACGCUCCAGCCCCGUUUUUAUUAAAACGGGAAAACUACACCCUUCCUGCGUCUGCAGUAGGUUUGGCCUGGGUUAACGUCGACACCGACUGUUACAUCCACUACGACGUGUCCCUUUCGGGUCUCGGUAGUGAAAGGAAGCUGGAACUUAGCUUGGAACUUCUGCCAAUGUUAGCCCCUGGGGCUCCCGUAAUCACGCGCCACCUCGACGAGUUCCAAGGUAACCAAGUGGAAGGCAGCCCAGUCAACGCACUAACCCGGGAAGAAAGCAGGCGUCUGGAUAGCGGUGUCGGGUUCCUUAAGGUGAAAGAACAAGACACUGGGAUAACGUUAUUGGUUGCUACGGUGCGUCACGUGGGGGUACCCUUCGGUUGUCAACUAGCCACUGCACCGGAUGGGGUCACCGACGAACCCGGUGGUCCCACGGGUGAUUGUCUAUACGAAGGAAAGUUUUACCAAGAGGAGACUCAAUGGAUUUCGGGCGCGAAUCCCUGCACUAUGUGUUUUUGCCAGAACGGAGUCCACAAUUGCUUCACCAUGAAGUGUCCCCCGGUUAAUUGCACGUCGCCGCAGAACCUCAUGGAAGUCCCAGGGGAGUGUUGUCCCAUUUGUGUCAACUCCACGACCCAAAUGGAGACCAACCGGAACGUCCCCCAGAAGUGUAUUUUCAACGGACAACCCUACUCUCCCAGUAGCAAGUUUCGUCCGUUUUUGAUCCCCACUGGGUUCGAUAAUUGUACCGAGUGCACCUGCGACCCCAUUUAUCUCGAGAUUAAGUGCAAGAGGAUCACGAACGAGAAGGACUGUUGUAGGAAUUGCGGCCGAGUUGAUUAUAGCGUGAACGGUACUUUCCCUGCAGAUGAUGGUAGUACCACGGGAGUUGAAGGCACCAGGACGAUUUCUCCUAGGCCGCCUCCAGGCCCGAGUCCGACGGAGGUUUUACUCAAAGGGGGCUGCAAGAAUUUGUACGACCCCAAGAAGCCGUACCCGAACGGGAAGGAGUACCAUCCGCUGAUUGGUUCGUUGGGGGAGUACAAGUGCGUGACUUGCAAGUGUCAGAAUGGUAAGUCUUCGUGUUGGAGGGAGUGCGACAGGGCUGCGUGUGAGUUGAAGUUUAAGAUGAAGAAGAGGCAACGGCAGGGGGAGGAUUUGGGUAGGAAGAACAACUCCCAUUUGUGCUGCACUUACAAAGAGUGCAAGAAGUACAGACAUAAGAAGAAUCAUAGGUUACAGAAGAGCUGAAGAUGUACUGAUGGAAGUCGCUAGUGAAACUAGACUGACUUAGAACUUUAAGGACUUGAAGUCCAGUUACCGUUUACCAAAGAAGACUGAGACAGGAUGGAUGGAGCUGUCGUAUUUAUUCGAUAAAGUAGAAUAUGUUGUUUUCUAGGUUAGGUAUGUGCAGAUGGCGCAGUCAACUAAUUCGGGUUUUGACAGAUUAUUUAUUUAUUUUUUUAUAUGUAGUUUUCGGCGGGAUUUUACUUAAUUAUUUGACUGCACUGAAUCACUAUUUAUUGACAUUGUGUAAGUUAUUCCAUAGUUUAUAGGUUUCUUCGCGGAGACCUAAUACUCACUAGAGAUGAAGGCUGAUAGGGUGAGGAACUUGGACAUGAACUGAUUCUUGUUAUGUAUAAUAUUUAUACUUGUGGUUUUUUGAUUUGUACAGUUUUGUGUACGAGUUCUUGUUCAUUUUCCCGUUGUAUCUAUAUCAUGUAGGACAUAUCAUUUGGUGCCAUCCCCCAAAAAUUUCUUUAGGUACUUAAACAAUUGACUCGCAAGAGCAUUUAAUUGUAAUCGGAAUCUCCCUUGCAAUAAUACAGUAUUUUCUAAAUUAUUCGUUAGGUUAUAUACUACAGAGUCUGAGUGCGUGAGUGUCGUGUCCAUUGGGCGUGCUGUCAAACACCUGUCAUGCACAGGAAGACGACAAGACUGACGAGAUUAUAUGAAAGUGAAUGACAGCCCGCCCGGUGUACAUAUUAUAGCAUGUUAUAACUAUUGUACAUAUUUCUGCUGUAUGAUUAUAAAACCAUACGCUUUGUAAAGUUGUUAGUUUUUUUCUAGUUAAGUCUUAAUCAUACUAUUAUUAUCCAACUAACUUUUUUAUUAAUAAGAUGUAAUAUAGUGAUAAAGAGGGCCUCAAGAUUGCAUUUGGUAAUUUUAUUUCUUCUGUUGACAUUAAUUAGGACUGGAAAUGGUAAUGCCACAUUAUAACAAUCAAGCUAUAUAUAAGUGUACCUGCUAGCUAGAAUAAACGCUUCACAAACA